AUGAAAUCGAACACUAAACGUCAACAUUCUAAUCAGGCCCGAUCAAUACCCAUACGAAAGGAUGAUGAAGUCCGAAUUGUGCGUGGUAGUAACAAAGGUCGUGAAGGCAAAGUGCUUCAGGUCUAUCGUAAGAGAUGGGUUAUUUACAUCGACCGCAUCACCAAGGAGAAACAGAAUGGUGGCGUUGUACACCUUGGUAUUCAUCCUUCGAAAGUUGUUGUUCAUAAAUUGAAGCUAGAUAAAGAUAGAAGAAAUCUUCUGGAACGGAAGAAUAGGUCCGCCCCAAGUAAGGGCAAGGGCAAGGCCGCGGAAGAUGAUGCUAUGGAAGAGGUAACGAUUAUGAUGUGA